UCUCAGCACCAGUAACCCAUCCGCCCUCUCUUCACAACUCCAGGAGUCCAGAGCGCAACUGCAUCGCGCAAUCGUGUCUGAGAUGCACCCCAGAUUCAGCAUCACGUUGAAUGCGUCAACCGCUCUGCGUGUCGGCCAGCAGGCCCUCCGCCGAGCACGCUAUUCUACCGAAGCCAACGCCGGGCCACUCAUUCGCGUAACAGACCUUCCCGCGCCCAAUUCGGGCCACAUCCGCAUCCUCGAACUCAAUCGUCCAGCAGCGCGCAAUGCAAUCUCGCGCGCGUUGCUCUCUUCAUUGCGCGACGAGAUCGACGCCGUCCACACGCAGUACGAUGCUGCAACCGGCGAUGAGAUCCCCGCGCCAUCAUGGAGCAAGCGAUUCGGUGGCAUCGCAGGCGACGACCAGAAGGGCCCUACGAGAGCACUGAUCCUCGCCUCGGCAGUUGACACGUCCUUCUGCGCCGGCGCAGACCUCAAAGAGCGCAAGUCGUUCACUCAGGAGGAAACCGCCGCCUUCCUCCUCAACCUCCGCACAACUCUCACCUCUCUCUCGGCCCUCCCGAUCCCCACCAUAUCCGCCAUCUCCUCCCUCGCCCUAGGCGGCGGGCUCGAGCUAGCGCUGGCCACACACUUCCGGGUGUUAUCCUCCAACGCGGUGGUCGGCCUGCCAGAGACCCGCCUCGGCAUCAUCCCGGGCGCGGGGGGCACCUACCGCCUGCCGGCGCUGAUCGGCAUCCCCCGCGCCCGCGACCUGAUCCUCACCGGCCGGCGGGUCUCCGCGCCCGAGGCCUACUUCCUGGGGCUGGCGGACCGGCUGGUGGAGGUGUUGCCCGAGAGCGAGGAGCAGGCGAAGGAGUGGCAGGCGCUGGAGGACAAGGAGAGGGAGGAGAGGAUCUUGCAUAUGGCGCGGCGCCUGGCGCUUAGCGAGGCCGUCCGGCUGGCGAGCGAGAUCUGCGAGGGCGGACCGGUUGCGAUCCGCGCGGCCAUACGCGCCGUGGAAGAGCCGCGCGAGGUGGUGGAGAAUAACAUGUACGAGCGGGUGGUGAGGACGGAGGAUCGGGAUGAGGCGCUUAAGGCGUUUGCUGAGAAGAGGAAGCCCGUCUUCAAGGGGAGGUGAAAUCUUGGACAGCAGCGGCGGAAGGUACCUUAUGUAAGGGGCCGGUUUCCUGUGCCCACGUCGAGGGUAGUAUAUUUAAGCCCUUUGGGCGAAUCUGUCGAGCAAUCUUAAGGCGAGCUCUUGUGAUAGCCGCAGAGGGUUUGCUCUGGUCCCUGACUGAGCUUGAUGACAACGCUAAGCUCCACUCAGAGCUAUCGACAGCUAGAGCUUGUUGAGCUUGGGAAGCAAGUGUCAACCUGAGCGACACAUGCACCUUUAACUUAUCAAUUCCCACAAGUCGCGUUCUUUUCGCAGGUCUUGUU